ACUCAUUGAUGAUUGUUGAUUGCACUGAAUGAGCUUGACCUGGCCACGCGCCUUCGUGUGACAGGUGCUCUCCGGCCACACGCCAUCCCACAAUCCAAUCUUCUUUCCUCUCUCUUGUGCCCUAAUUCUCAUUUUCUAACUUUCUUAUUUUCACUCCAAACUCUAUCCUUCAAUUUCACUGUUCCAAUUCUAUUUCUGUUCAGUCUCCUUAGCGGGUUAGUUUAGGAAAUUUUAAAAUUUUGUUGCUGAAGGCUUUGUUCACAUGGGAUCAGAGGGUGUGGCUCCUGCAGUUGUUGGGACAUCAAAAAGCAGGUCUUCUUCUGGUAAAAUGAACCAAGGGAAAGUCCCCAGGAAAAUUCACAAGGCCGAAAGGGAGAAAAUGAAACGUGAACAUUUGAAUGAACUCUUUCUUGAUCUUGCCAAUGCACUUGAUGUGAAUGAGAACAAUGGAAAGGCUUCUAUAUUGUGUGAAGCGGCUAGGUUGCUAAAAGACUUGCUCUCUCAGAUCGAGUCCCUCAAGAAAGAGAAUGUCACACUGUUGUCUGAAUCGCAUUAUGUGACCAUGGAGAAAAAUGAGCUGAAGGAGGAGAAUUGUAGCCUAGAAACUCAAAUUGAGAAACUUCAAGGAGAGAUACAGGCAAGAGUUGCUCAAUCUAAACCUGACCUGAAUGUACCUCCCCAUUUGGAACUUGACCCACUGGAGCAGUCAAAUUUUCCAGGACAGAGUCUCCUAUUGCAUACUAUGGAACCUAACUUGCAGCAAGGAUCUGCAGUUUUGCUUGUCCCUUUUCCCGAUCUUCAAGCUUCAUUUCCAGCUGCUAAUGUUAACGAAGUAGCUCCAAAUUCCUCUUCUGUUGUCAGUAAACCGCAUGCAAGGUAUCCCACAGCAGCAGAUUCAUGGCCAUCACAGUUGCUUGGAUAGUAACCAAACUUCAAUUUAAUUUGUAUAGUUUCGGCAUUGAUUUAUCAUGCCAACUAGCUUUCCUAUAGCAAUGCCUCUGUGGAGAUUUCAUGUAUAAAUUAUAUAUAUUCAAUGAUCUAAGAGAAUCUCACUCGUGAGCUUUGUUUU